AUGGUGGCAGAAGACAACAACGAGGACUUUGAAAAGGUAGCGGCUGCAGGGCUUCAGCCAUCAAGAUCCAACGCCGACUGGUUGGUGACUAAAGAGGCACAAGUCGAUACUGGACAUGGCCUGCCUGAUAAUUUGACUGAAGCACAAUGCACAAGUGCAUUUCCCGACCUUUACCGAGAAAUUGAGAGAGCAGUGGCGUACUGGAGAAAUCGGCAGCAUACAAUCGCUGCUGAGGAUGUCGAUAUAACAUGGCGAAACCAGAGCAACAAUGGUGGCGGCGCUAUGCGAGUUCUCGUUCACAACCAAGAACUGCGAAUCUUGGAAUCAAUGGACACAAUAAGUCACGUAGGCUAUCGAGGUCGCGCGUUUGGCAUAUUGGGGUUGCUCCAGCGCGCAGUUGAAAGUGCGAUAGCGGGAGGAGAAAUUCUGCCUACCAUUGAGGCGGCACUGCUCUUCGAAGAUAUCUCCAAUCCUCCAACUGACGAGGGUACCCAUUCUUUCUGGACCUGGUCAUCCCUCAAAGAUCAUGCCCCUCAUGAACGUCUCUGGCUGAUACCCAACUUCGAUUUCUGGUAUUCCAGUCCUCAAGGCUCGUACGAAGCAGCACGAAUGCAUGCCAUGAGAAAUGAUGCGCCAUUUGCUCAUAAAAUUCCUAAAGUCGUUUGGCGCGGGACGGAAUGGACCAACAAGGAGUUGCGAGAUGGACUGGUCAAUAUUGGUGCCGACAAAGAUUGGGCGGACCUCAAGUUCAUCGAUUGGAGCUCAAGCGAAGCAGGAAACAAGAUUCCUGUUGAGGACCUCUGCAAGUACGCUUUGACAGUCCACACCGAGGGCGUGAGCUACAGCGGCCGUCUGAAGUACCUGCUCAAUUGCGACUCGCUCCCGAUUGUGCAUGACCUGAAGUGGAACGCACAUUACUACCAUUUGCUGAUCAAGGACGGACCUAUGCAGAACUACAUUCAUGCCAAGCGCGACUGGAGCGAUCUGCCAGCGAAUGCGGAAUUCUACCUGAACAACACGGAUGAGGCGAAGCACAUCAUUGCAAAUUCGCUCGCCACUUUCCGCAACAAGUACCUGACACAGGCAGCCACGUCAUGUUAUAUCAGGAAAUUGAUUCAAGGAUACAGCACCGUUUCCUUCACGCCAGAUAUGAACAGUAUGGCGGACCAAGGUGUUCCCUUCAAGGAAUUCAUGGAGAAUCCUGAAGACAGACAUCAUUUGUGA